CAUCAGGAACUGUCUUUAAAAAGAGAGAAAUGUCGAUUUAGCUUUAGAGAAUUGGGUUAUUUUCACUAUAAAACAGCGUUUUGUUUUCCAGGUUAAGCUGCUCUCUGCAGCCACAGGUCUUUAGUUCACCCGACACGGAAGUCUCGCUGACUGUCUGAGGAGGAAGAUGCCUGCUCCGGACUCAGGCGGCAUUAGUGUUGUAGACAACAUCUGCAGGCUCUCUCCAGAUCUGUUUGCUGAUGCAUGUCAGCACAUCCUGAGUUAUCUUCAGGGCCAGACGAGCGGAGUAGACGCUGCUGAAAUUUCUGAUAGAUUCCUGAGAGCUGGAGUCAGGCUUGAUCAUGAUGCUCUACAGGACAUGAUCAGAUUUCUGCUGUUAACAUUCAGGUCAGCUGGAAAGAGCAACGUCUCUGCAGACGGACUGGUGUCGCAGCUGGAAGAAGGAAACCCCGGGUGGAGCAGCUCUUCCCUUCAGGUGCUGCACCGGUUCUGGAGUGAACAGGGUGCUGUGGUUCACGCUCAGCAGGAGGCCCAGGCGCUGCUCAGCGUCGGACAGUUGGUGGACCUGCAGUGGAAGCUGGGCAUGGCGGUCAGCUCCGACGCCUGCCGCUCCCUCAACUCCCCGUAUGUCACCCUGCUGCUGAAGAUCGCCAGGCCCUCCGGGGAGAUCAUCCAGAGGGCUUUUGAGCUGACAGUUCCUCAGUUCCAGAAUUUUCACAGACAGUUCAAGGAGAUGGCAGCUGUCAUGGAAACUGUAUGAAGCUGAGCACGACUGUCCGAUGGAGGCUUCAUUAGAUCAUUUUAAUAGUGCAGCUUUGUUUUUGUUUAAUUCUGCUGAGUCCAUAUCAGAUUCAUCUUGACCAUUUGCUUCAGUGUGUGAUUUCAAUAUAACAUCUUGGAUCUACCUCCUUGAUUGAUCCAGCUAUUUCCGUUGAUUUGUUUGAAAUUCACACUUUGAAAUCAUCUACAUCUUUGUUUUUGUUAAUAUCUAUGAAAUGAUUAGAUCGAGGACAUGCUGUGAUCAAUCGCUCUCUGCUGCCUUUGUGCUGUUUGACUGGACUGGAUGUAAAUGCUUUUCCACAAUGACUCGCUUUCUGUACAACCUCUGUAAUUAAAAUUAUUUGCA